AUGGGAGCUUCUUCUAAGCAGGAUCGAUUAAAGGAUGUAAAGGUCAAGCAUCCUGAUAAAGGAGCGGUGGGUCGAUUUGUGCGGAUUGAGCCAAGUGCUACUGGAGCUGUUGUGUCAGGAAUCGGGAAAUCGGAGUGGAAAUUGGUGGGUUUGCAUAAAGCUAGGAAUCCUAAUCGGGGCGAUUCUCUUCUCAGAACUCCUGUAGAUGUUGAGGAUUACUAUGUGGAUGAUGUUACAGAAGAAGAGAAGGAGGAUGUAUCGGAAUCUGAUGGUGUGUGGGAAUCCGAUUCCAGUGCUUCUAGGGUUGCUUGUCAAGCUUCGAUCAAGGGUUCUAGUUCCAAUGUUUUUGGAUGA